GACUCUCCAGAUAUGGUAGCUUUGGUCUUUUAAUCGUGCCGGUACAUAUAUUAUUAAUAACGAGGUAUUGAUAUAUUAUCAUCCUCAACUUCAUCCUCAACUCAUCCUACUUUUUACCGUAUAAGCUUACAGGCCAUGUCGGAUCACUCUUCAUUUACUUGUUUCUCUCUGCUGCCUACCGAGUUAAGACUCCAGAUAUGGCGGCAUACCUGUCAUCAAAGGGUUGUCGAGGUCUUGUACGACAGCCACACUGACCGAUGCACAUCAUUAACGGCGCCGCCAGCCGUCCUCCACGUCUGUCGAGAAUCUCGAUUCGAAGCCUUGGGAAUCUAUAGGAGGUCAUUCGGUACAAAAUCGCACGAGCCGAGGAUAUAUUUCUGCCCAGACUUAGAUGUACUCUACCUUCCUCGACCUCCUUUCAUGGGUUAUGACGACGCCUUGCGGUCUUUCACACAGCUCGUUUUCGGCAUCGAAGAUACAGUCAACCUGGCUCUCGACUACGUUAGGCCCGAUAUCAGACGGCCCUGGGAAACUUACAACAAAUACGCCUUAAUGCAGAGCUUCCCCAAAGUAAAGGAAGUCGACUUAGUCCUAGGUCCCGACUCACCGGCAGAAGACCACGGCCACGAAGAUAUAGGACUGGUAGAUCCGACAGGAGACAUAUUAGCUUUAUGUCGCCUACUUUCCGACAUCAAGGAGUCAUUCUUUUAUGAAGCUGGCUCCAAUUAUACGAUUGGUGACACCAAAGAGGAAUUCUUCGAGUAUCCUGUUCUGCCUCCCUUGGUCUUGAAAUCCAAGAUCACCUGUGCUCACGUUUAAUUCUAAAAUUCGGUUAUACUCACGCCCGGAAGGUUGUUUUAUACGGAAGACGCGUAGAAGUCUACAUUCUGCAUUGUGAUACAGGUAUUUCGACUAGAGCUUUUGUUAGUGAGCAUAUAUCUACCACCUCAUGAAAUAUAAUUUAUCAACACUCUUGUACCCAUUGCCCACAAGCGCCAUUCAACUACAGCCUCUUCUGGAUUUUACCAAAGCGACCCGAACGCUACUAUUUUAUGCAGCCAUCUGAAUUCAUCGUCACUCGAGUGUUAAUAG